AUGUCUGCUGGUCUCAUCCGCAGCGACUUCAACGCCUUGCGGAACGCUAACGAGCUGGCUGCUCACGACUCUAUCGCGCAACUCGCUGGUGUCAAGCGAGGACUCGACUCCGGAGACGACUACCCGGCAAAGAAGAGCAACUCGGGUAACGGCAACAUGGACGGAACUCUUGGUAUGAGUAUGGGAAUGCCGAUUACGAUUGCAGCUGAGAAAGAGACGAGCCGGGGCGCGCCCUAUCGUCCCUUGCAGUUGGCGCACUCCCGCACGCAACUCGGCCCACCGCGUAUCGCUAUGGACCGAUUCGCGCCAUUCCAUAGUGCGGGAAUGGGAGCCCCUGCUCCAUUCACUAUGGGGCAACCAAUGGGAGCCAACAUGAAUGAGAAUGUCGUCGAAGUGAUCAAUGUGCCGGACAACACCGUCGGACUUGUUAUUGGACGUGGUGGCGAGCAAAUUUCGGCAAUUCAGUCGCAAUCUGGAGCCCGUGUUCAAAUGUCACCGGACAGCGAAGGAACCGGUCAACGCCAAUGCACGAUUCAAGGAAUGAAGGCCGCCGUUGAAAGAGCAAAGCAAUUGAUCUUUGAGGUUAUCAACCGUGCUGGAAAUCGCCCACCACCAAGUCAAACCACCCAACUAACUAGCGGACCUGGACAAAUCACGGUCGAAUUGUUGAUUCCUGCCAACAAGUGUGGACUUGUGAUUGGAAAACAAGGAGACACAAUUCGCCAGCUUCAGGAACAAUCCGGCGCCAAGAUGAUGAUGAUCCAGGACACGCAAGAAGUAACUGGAACCGCCAAGCCUCUUCGAAUUGUUGGUGAACCAGACAAAGUUGAGAAUGCGAAGAGAUUGAUCGAGAAUAUCAUCGCUGGAGGUCCCGAGGGUAUGGCCAGCUCGCGCUUGUAUGGACAACAGGAGGCGUCUGCACGGGGAGAGGUUGUUGUUCCUCGCGCAUCGGUUGGCAUGAUUAUUGGAAAAGGCGGUGAAACGAUCAAGCGCCUCGGAUUGGAGACCGGAACGAAGAUUCAGUUCAAGCCAGAUGACGACCCUUCGGCUAUAGAACGAACUGCUGUUAUCACUGGAUCGCGCGAACAAAUCUUUAAGGCAACGGAAUUGAUCACUGAUCUCGUACAAAAAGCACUAGCUGGUGGCGGCUCAAAUGAUACUUUCUACAUGCACGUACCUGCCAACAAAACCGGACUUGUUAUUGGAAAAGGGGGAGAAACUAUCAAGCAGAUCAACGCUGAAUCCGGCGCUCAUUGUGAGCUUUCACGGGAUCCACCACCAAAUGCCAACGAGAAAGUCUUCAUCAUCAAGGGUACUCCGUAUCAAAUCCAUCAUGCUCAACAUAUCAUUCGGAUCAAGGUUGGAGAUGUCCCUCCAGGUACACCAGUUCCACCGUUCAGUGGCCCAGGAGGGCCAACGAUGAUGCAGCCACAGAUGGGGUUCCAACAAAACCCUGGAUUCAAUGGAGUCGCUCAAUUUGGACAACCGAUGCCCGCCAACAACCAAUGGAGUAACAUUUUUGCUCAGCAACAACCAGCCGCUAACGGAUGGCAACAGCCGCAACAAACCGCCUACUACGAUCCAUCUCAACAGGCCCAAGCAGCUCAGCCACAACAAGCAGCAUAUGGUGGAAUGGGGGCUACAGCAAAUCCCUACGGACAACAGCAAUUCGGAGCUCCGGGAGUCGGCCAACCAACAGCCGCCCAGCCUGCCGCUCAACCUGUCCAAGCUCAACCCACGAUCAACCCAGCCACCGGACAGCCUGAUUACUCCGCUCAAUGGGCCGAGUACUAUCGUCAGAUGGGAAUGCAUGAUCAAGCGGCCGCUAUUGAGAAUCAAUUGAAGCAAACGCAAGGCGUUCGUGGUGCUGUGCCCCAACAAGCUGCUCAACCUCAAUUCGGAGGGUAUCAGCAGGGAGCCGCCGGAGUGCCAGCCUCGGGAGCCACCACCAUGCCGACCAAGCUGCCCUCAGCGACGACGGGAGUCUUCCAU